CGGCACCAACCGUGUCAUCAUCACCAUCCCAGAAGUUGUCUGGUACCCUGAUAUCCAGGCUCUACGUCUACCAUUGUCAAAUACAAGGACACCCGCUCCAACUGGCAGACGCAGAACCGACCCUCCACCGGACAGGACCCACUCCACGGCACACCGCGGAUCUGUUUUGACUCCAGACCUCCAUCGUCCUCUGAAGCCCAGCGGUCCACCAGCAGUGUGCGUUUGACUUCCUCCUCCUUGCUCCUCUUCAUCAGCAGACAUGCCACCAGCGGUGGGCGGCCCUGUGGGGUACACCCCUCCUGAAGGGGGCUGGGGCUGGGCCGUGGUUGCAGGGGCCUUCAUCUCUAUCGGCUUCUCCUACGCCUUCCCCAAGUCCAUCACAGUCUUCUUCAAGGAGAUCGAGGCCAUCUUCGAUGCUACACCCAGCCAGGUGUCCUGGAUCUCCUCCAUCAUGCUGGCAGUCAUGUACGGCGGAGGUCCAAUCAGCAGCAUCCUCGUGAACAAGUUUGGCAGUCGUCCGAUCAUCAUUGUCGGCGGUUGUCUGUCAGGGUCAGGACUAGUCGCAGCCUCCUUUUGCAACACUGUGGAGCAGCUCUAUUUCUUCAUAGGUGUAGUAGGAGGUUUGGGACUGGCGUUCAACUUGAACCCAGCUCUCACUAUGAUUGGUAAAUACUUCUACAACCGCCGGCCCAUCGCCAACGGCAUCGCCAUGGCAGGCAGCCCUGUCUUCUUGUCCACGCUGGCUCCUCUCAACUCUUGGCUUUAUGAUGAGUUCGGCUGGAGAGGCAGCUUCCUCAUCCUCGGAGGACUUCUUCUGAACUGCUGUGUGGCCGGGUCCCUCAUGCGUCCCAUCGGACCCAAAACACCGCCACCUAAGGCCGACACUGAAACCGGAGAUGGCAAGAUGAUUGAGCAGCAGCCUAAGAAGACGGUGCUGCAGACCAUUAACUCCUUCAUCGACUUGACUUUGUUUAAGCACCGUGGCUUUCUGCUGUACCUCAUGGGUAACGUGGUCAUGUUCUUCGGCCUCUUCUCUCCCCUCGUCUUUCUGUCCAACUACGCCAAGAGCAAAGAGAUCAGUAAGGAAAAAGCCGCCUUCCUGCUGUCAGUUCUGGCUUUCGUUGACAUGUUUGCCCGGCCCUCCAUGGGUCUAGUAGCCAACACCAAAUGGGUCCGUCCCAGGGUGCAGUACUUCUUCGCAGCUGCUGUCCUCUACAACGGAGUGUGUCAUGUGCUGGCACCGCUGUCCGUGGACUACCUUGGAUUUGUGAUUUAUGCCAUUUUCUUUGGUUUUGCUUUUGGCUGGCUCAGUGCAGUGCUGUUUGAGACACUUAUGGACCUGGUGGGGGCUCAGAGGUUCUCUUCCGCUGUAGGACUGGUCACCAUAGUGGAGUGUGCACCGGUGCUGCUGGGGCCACCGCUUACAAGUACUUUCUAUAACUACUACCAUCACUAUGACUACACUUACAUCACCUGUGGCAUCAUCCUAAUCAUCUCCAGCAUCUUCCUCUUUGUGGGAAUGGGCAUCAACUACCGCCUGCUGGCACAAGAGAAAAAAGAGGAGGAGAGAAGAGAAAGAGAAGAGCCAAAGGAGGAACGCACAGCCAUGUUAGCACCACCCUCACCUUCAAAAUCAGAUGAGGAAGCAGACGAGAAAAACGCACCUCCAGCCGUCACACUGGAAAACGUCGCAAGGAUGGAUGAGGACACAGUAUAAAAAGUCAAACCGGACUCGAAGGACCCACACCGCAUCACACACCUCACAGAAACACACACAUGCACACACUUGACAUGUUGCAGUUACUCGGUACAACCACAAGCCAUCUAGAGAGAUAACAUUUGGUAUCUCGCACACAAGCCCCGAAGCCAUAGACGCAGUUAGUUUAUCGUGAAAACCUGAGACCUGCUGCUGUGACGUUACGCUAGUCGAGCAGCGGUGCACCACGUUUUGACCUCUGGUAUUUGAUGUGCCUUUGGUAAAUUUGAGUCCUCUAGGAGCACACACCGGCUUACAUAAACACCACAUAGUAGACGCACAACAGACAGAGUGACUGUACUAUGAUCAUCCGGUUAUGAGGACUUUAUUCUCAGGGUCUUGAGCUGCAAUUUAGGUUCAGAACCUUUCAUACCCACACACACAGAUCUCCAAAUCUGAUUUAUACAAAGGAAAACUCAGAUAUACUGUCACUUAUUUCAUACACACUGACAUUGUUUCACUCCUUAAGGGCUGGACACAAGUUAAAGGGACACAUCCAUAUUCAAUAUAUUUAUAUUUGCAGUGUUCACAUGUUAACUUAGAGUGUUGCAUUAAUUGCACUUCCAGGUCGUAACAUUUAUGUUGAAGAACACAAAGAAUUAGACAGUUUUUGAAACAGAAAAUAUGGGGAACAUCACCUCAACACGGGGAAAAUUACUUUUUACGCUGGGAGCAGUAGUAUUUCUUACCUUUUUUAAAGUUAAAGUGGUAAAAUAAUGAACAAAAACUGAACAAAAUGAAAACAUCAAAAAGAAGAAAGUGAACCACAUGAAGGAGAACUCAGGCUAGCACAGCUCUGUGGCCUAAAGCAACAAGGUUACAAUGCAACUUAGCUACAGUUUAAAGGGCGCUGCCGGUCGUGUGCUUGUACAUAAAUGUGUGUCCACUGUGUACCCUCUCCACACACACCGCCCAACAGAACAGCUCAUCAUACACUGUUGUACUGAUAAAGAUGAGACUCAUUUCAACAAAACACUUGAGCAGUUCCACUCCACUGCCCCACCGAUUAUCUGCUGUGUAAGCAGCAGGAUGAGAUCUCUCACAGUAUUAAAUGACACCACAUGCUGGUUUGUGGGGAAUAACAGGCAGUGAUUGUAACAGAAAGAUGACUUUACUGGGUACUCGUGCUUCAAUAUGCCCUGCUGUGGUGCAAAACCCAAAACGAUUUUUCUCCAAAUUGCACAGAGUCCUAUUUUUUUGUCAUCUUGGGUUUUAGGAAUCACAGCAAAAUCUAGUGUUUUUAAUUAAUUGUGAAUAACACAGUAGUUUACAGUGAUAUCAAAUGUGUGUUUUGAAGAAUUCUAUUUUAGCUCACUGUAUGAUUACAAUCUGACUUUUUUUGAUGGUUUUAGAUGAAGUGUGUGAACGAGAGAAGUUGUAUUUGUGUGUGUUUUAAACUGUAGCUGCGCUUCAUUUCAUUUGUGUUUUGAAGUUCGGUCAUCGCAGUAUCAUGAACUGUACAGAAUGUUUCAUAUCACAUGGACAAUGUUGAAGUUUCAAUCAGAUCCUUUCUGAAAAACAGGAAGCCGUUGAUCAUUGAUUGGUCAGCAGGAAGCAUGAACUGCUGAUGUUCACAGUAGAAACUUGUUUACCAGCAGCAGACUAGAGGGAAAUAAAAACACCCACUGCUCUUCUUCAGCCUAAAUAAGCUUUCAUUCUUUUCCUAAUAAAUAAAUAAAUAAAUGGAGGUUUUUAACAAGGCUUUCUUGAAUCUUACCAGUUUAGCAUUUUAAAUGAUGUCAAGAUUUGAAGAAUAUUUUAUUUCAAUGAAAAAUACAUUUGAUGAAUGCACAUUUUUUCCUGCAAUGAAACACUAUUGUACCAUUUCAGAAAAUCCCUGGUGAUGUCCAAAUAUUUCAGAUUUCACAAACUAUGUCUGUUCCUUUUAUUAACAAAUUUAGAUAUGUUUAAGGUGACGUUACUUUCUGAAAACUGUUUUAAAAGGUUGUACAUUUACUCUUUUUUUUUUAAAUGUUGUUACCAUGACCAAAAUGAAGUAAAAUUUCCAGUAAAUUAAUUCUGUAAAUGUUCUGAAGUAAAUUUUGGAAAAGAGAUCGGGGUCUCCUAACAACCCAGCAUAUGCCAGUGGGAACAGAAGUCACUUUAGGUACUAUUGGGAGAAUUAUUUCCCUCUCGUUCCAGCUGAAGUAUGUACCUGUCCGUGUCAUUACUGUAAGUUUGACGUAGCUGCCUCUGAUAAAAACGAACA